CUCGUAGCGGUCGUCAGCUUUCCCGAGAUGACCGAGCCACGGGCCUCAGUUGCGUCUCGCCGUCCACGUCCGAGUGCUUGCCGUUAACGCCGUUGACAGGUGUCACUCGUCGUUUCAAUGACGUGCUGUAUUCCGUGACUACACUCGCAGCGCGACUGUGCUCACUCAUUCAUUAUUUUAUCUCAUUGUUGGUGUUCGAACUAUAUUGCCCGAAUUAUGUUUCCUAUCAUCGCCAUAGUUUUGCUUCUUGCGUUGCCUGCAUUUGCUACGAACUUCAGUGUGUGCGCCGUGGGACCCGCGCCGACCGCCGUCAGGCUGCAGGGCUGCGACGACAACUGCCUGCUGCGUCCCGGCGACUCGGUGCGCGCGCAGGUCGACAUCCGCCCCGGAGGGCGAGUGACGUCCCUGCAGGCGGACCUGUACGCGGCGGAGGCAGCCCACCUGCUGGACGACUCCGACGGCUGCGCGCACCUGGUGGCCGGCGCGUGCCCCAUCGAGGCCGGCCACGCAGCCACCUACGCCUUCAACGCCACCGUGCGGGUCCAGGCGCUGGGGAAGCUGACCAUGCACUUCACGCUGACGGACCAGGCCGUGGAUAACGUCGCCUGCUUCGACCUACAAAUCACCGUCGUCAACGGAACGGCCUGGGAGCCGCGCGCGGCCACGGACCGAGCAUAACGCAGACCGCAGCGCGGCCACGGACCGAGCAUGACGCGCAGACUGCGCGCGGCCACGGACCGAGCAUGACGCAGACCUCAGCGCGGCCACGGACCGAGCAUGACGCAGAUCUCAGCGCGGCCAUGGACCGAGCAUGACGCAGACCUCAGCGCGGCCACGGACCGAGCAUGACGCGCAGACUGCGCGCGGCCACGGACCGAGCAUGACGCAGACCUCAGCGCGGCCACGGACCGAGCAUGACGCAGACCUCAGCGCGGCCACGGACCGAGCAUGACGCGCAGACUGCGCGCCGAAGAUGCGCAAGAGAAACAUAAAUAUAUAUAUAUUUUUAGACCAUUGUUGAACGGCUCAGUUGUCGAUGUGAACUGUCUGAAAACACAGGAAGCAAACUGGUGCGUUUUCCAAAGUAUUAUAAAAUCUUUUUUGUAUAUCGUCGUUAGUCCAAGUUUGUAUUGUGUUGGUGUUUUAUAUUUCAGUGAAGGUGAAUGUUAACAUUA